AUGGAAAGAUUACUGAAUGGGCCAACUGGACACAAGUCCAAGGCCCAACGUUUCAGGGGCCUCCCUCACCCUGAGCCCGCAAAAUGUGGAGUGUAUCUUAGUGAGAUGAUCCAGUCGAAAGCUUGUUUUUUCACCCGUAACAUCACAGACCCAGGGGCUGCGUUUGAGUACGCUAUGUUUAUUAACAUUAAGGAGCAGAAGUGUGUGUGCAUUUUCCAGGCUGGACCACUGUUGGAGGGGGCACCAGGACAUGUCCAUGGGGGGGCAAUAGCCGCUGUGAUUGAUACUGUGAUUGCGGCUCAUGCUGCUGUCCACUGUGGACCUGUUAUGACUGCCAACUUCAACAUCAACUAUCGCAGCCCCAUCCCACUGGGAAGCACCGUGUUGCUUGAAUCUUGUGUGGAUAAGAAGGAGGGCAGAAAAAUCUUUCUCUCAUGUAAAGUGACGAGCACCGACGGCUCCAAAGUGCACACAGAAACAACAGCACUGUUCCUGACAAUCAAUGCCAGCAACCUCGUGCAGGGAGUAAGACACAAACACGGCAGCCUACCACCUGAGGCCACAACGAGUGAGUGA